UCAGUGGUGCUAGUGAGCUGUCAGUCUCAGAGUGUCGUUGACGCUGGUCCCUUGCUUUCCUUCAUCUUGUCUGGUAUAUACAUUAUUCGUCUGCGACUCGCAGUGCCUCUGUAUAUAUCUGUAUAUACUCGUCGUUGCGAAAAGCAAGUAUGGUAUAUAUCGCUCGGUUAGGCGGAGUGGUGGCCGCUCUUGCGGCGCUGGUUGUGGCCGCGCCGGUUGAUAUUCGAGAUGUUUCGACCUCUGUCUUGACGCAGCUGGACCUGUUUGCGCAGUACUCCGAGGCGGCGUACUGCUCGACCAAUCUCAAUUCCCCCAAUACCAGCGUGACCUGCACGAACGGGCUCUGUCCGUUGCUCGCGGCGGCGACGACCACGAGCCUGGCGGAGUUUGAUGAUUCUGAUUCGUAUGGAGAUACAGCCGGGUUCCUCGCGGUCGACUCCACCAACAAACUACUGGUGGUCUCGUUCCGCGGCAGCAGCUCCAUCGAGAACUGGAUCGCCGACCUGGACUUCAUCUUCACCGACGCCAGCGCCAUCUGCAGCGGUUGCGAGGUGCACCAGGGCUUCUGGAAGGCUUGGAGCUCCGUCGCGGACACGCUGACGGCGGAGAUCCAGGCGGCUGUUACGGCCUACCCGGACUAUUCCCUGGUGUUCACGGGGCAUAGUCUGGGAGGCGCGCUGGCGACCAUCGGCGCGACGGUGCUGCGCAACGCGGGCUACCCUGUUCAGCUGUACUCUUAUGGCUGUCCCCGUGUCGGCAACACGGCGCUGGCCACCUACAUCACGAACCAAGGCUCGGGCUCGAAUUUCCGGGUGACUCACCUCAACGAUGUCGUGCCUAGACUUCCGCCGAGAUCGGUAGGGUAUAGCCAACCCAGUCCGGAAUACUGGAUCACCAGCCAGACGGGCGUCGCGGUCACCUCCUCGGAUAUCGAAAUCAUUCAGGGUGUGGACUCUACUGCCGGAAACGCGGGGCAGGCUAUCACGAGCGUGUUGGCGCAUCUGUGGUAUUUCAUCAGCAUUGGUACUUGUUGAUAUUAGAUUAUAUAUCUGUGGGGGUGAUGGGAUGAAAGUGUAGUACAUACUACUUGGGGAUGUGAAGUAUAUCGGAUGAAUAUAUGGUGCUCCGGCUAGGGAUAGUAUUCCGUCUC